AUGGCAGACGGACAAGUAGUUCCUUUAGGAGAAGAGCAGCACAAUCGCAAGCCUCGAAACACCCCUUUUCGCCAGCAGACAAUGAAAGCUUACAAGCCAGUCCCUACAGUUAAAUCAGCUGUAAUUAUUUUUACCACUUUAGGGUCGAUUUUUAUAAUUGUAGGGAGCGUUUUAUUGUCCUAUUCUUUAGAAAUCAUUGAGCACCGUAAGCGGUAUGACAACGUGGGAGAAUGCGACAAAACCAAAUAUGACAGGCUGAGCCUCUGCAAUAUUACCUUUGAUGUCACUGAUGAAAUGAGCUCUACAGUGUAUUUUUACUAUGAACUUGAUAAUUUUUACCAAAACCAUCGAAGAUAUGUAAAAUCAAAAUCACAGAAUCAGCUGAUGGGAAAUGAUUUAUCAAAAGGCUCGGUAAGCACAGAUUGCGACCCUAUUGUUACGAUGGAAGACCUGGGGAUUGAACCGAAGUAUAGAGAAGGCGGCUGGGAUUUGACUGAUAAAGAUGUAGCCAACCCAUGUGGGCUAAUCGCGAAGACCUUUUUUAAUGACACUUUUAUAAUGUGGGACCAAAACGGACACAGAGUUAAUAUUUUAGAAAAUGACAUUGCCUGGCCUUCAGAUAAAGAUAGGAAAUUCAAAAAUCUGAAAAAUUGGCAGAAAAAGCAGUGGAAAGACGUGGAAGACGGUAAAUUCCUAUGUAGAGCAUUUUAUAGUGUGGAUGAGGGUUUCUGGACUGCCGAAUUUCAGAAAAUUGUGGGGGAGGAUAGAAGAUGACCUUACAGUGGGGACUUAUACAGUUCAAAUUAAUAGCACUUAUGACGUGUCAGAUUUUGAUGGGAAAAAGUACGUAGUGAUAUCAACUGCAAAUGCACUCGGAGGAAGAAACGAUUUCUUGGGGAUUGCUUACAUUGUGGUGGGCGGAAUUACAAUACUUUUAGCUAUAGCUUUCUUUGUGCGUGGCUAUUUCUUCAAAAAGUCCCAAGACUUGCAUUAUAGUUAA